AUGUCCACCGCACUCUCCACCGCUGUAGAAGCUCUCAAAGACCACUACACCUCCUCCAAUCCCCUUUCGCACGCCCAGCAUAGCACCCGCCUCUCCCACCUCCCCGCCGGCAACACUCGCUCCGUCCUCUCCUACCCGCCCUUCCCCCUCUGCGUCCGCUCCGCCGCCGACGUAACCCUCACCUCCGUCGACGGCGCGGCAUACACCGACUUCCUUGGCGAAUACACCGCCGGCCUCUUUGGCCACUCGCACCCGGUGAUUCUGGCCGCGCUGCGCAAUGCACUCGAUCACGGCAUCAACUUCGGCGCCGUGAACGAGGGCGAGGGCGAGCUCGCGGCGGCCCUGCGCGCCCGCUUCGGGCUGGACAAGAUCCGUUUCACCAAUUCGGCCACAGAAGCAAGCAUCAUGGCGCUGGCGGCGGCGACGGUCCAUACCGGGCGGGAAAAGAUUCUCGUCUUCUCCGAAGGCUACCACGGCGGGCCCCUGGGCUUCGCGGGCGGCGCGGCAGCGCCACAUAAUAUCCCACACGAGUAUGUGAUCGCACCAUACGACGACAUCGCCGGCACUGCUGCGCAGCUCUCUCAGCUCCCGCCGGACACGCUCGCUGCGAUAUUGGUGGAGCCCAUGCUCGGCUCUGCGGGUUGCAUUCCGGCCUCUGUCGAGUUUCUACGACACCUCCGGACCGCCGCGACAGAGCUUGGUGCAGUGCUGAUCUUCGACGAGGCGAUGACGUCGCGGCUGCACUGGGGCGGGCUGCAGAAGAAAUACGGCAUCGAGCCGGACAUGACGGUGCUGGGCAAGUAUCUCGCGGGCGGGAUGAGCUUUGGUGCGUUUGGCGGGCGGGGGGAGGUCAUGGAGCUGUUUAGCAGCCGGCUGAAGCACGCGGGGACGUUCAACAACAACGUCCUCAGCAUGGCGGGCGGGGUUGCUGCGGCGGGGGUGCUGACGGCCGAGGUGUUGGAUGCGGUGAAUGCGCUUGGUGAUGAGAUGCGGGCGAGGAUUGAGAAGGUGUUGGAGAAGACGGGUGGGAAGGUGCGUAUCACUGGGAUGGGGAGCUUGAUGGCUUUUAGGUAUUCGGGGAGGGAUGAGGCGGAGACGGAGCUGGUGAAGGAGUUGCUGUUUUUCCAUCUGCUGGAGGAGGGGCUGUAUAUUGCGUAUCGCGGGUUCAUGUCGUUGAGUAUUGUGCAUGAGAGGAGCCAUGUGGAUGCGUUUGUGGACGCGGUGGAGCGGUUUGUGGACAAGUAUGGAGAGAUGCUGCGGGAGUGA